GGGAAGAGCGAGGAGAGGGCACGGACCCUAGCAGCAGCCGCGGUGCCCGCCUCUAGCCGCGCUAUUGAGGAAGCGGUGCAAUGGGAGCAUCGAAAGGUGCUGCAGGAGCGGCAGAAGGAGCUCCUCUACUACGAGCGCUUGUUGACGGAGCAGCAACAGUUGUUGAAAGCGAUGAGCGCGCC